AUGGGACAAGACCUUCCAUCCUCAAAAAACAGCGCAAACAGUCUCACCGUCGUUGACAAUCGCACUGGCAAGAAAUACACCAUCCCAAUAACGCGCAACAGCAUCCCUGCAACUGCCUUCAAGGCCGUCUCUGCUCCAAAGAGCUCCACUGACCGCGACGAGGAUGAGACCGACAAGGGACUGCGCGUAGCGGACAAGGGAUUCUUGAACACCGCUGUUAUUGAAAGCCAUAUCACCUACAUAGAUGGUGAAGCUGGAGUUUUACGAUACCGCGGUUACCCUAUAGAACAGCUAGCGGAGCAAUCGUCAUUCCUCGAAAGCGCUUACCUCCUCAUCUAUGGCUCGCUACCGACUAAUAACCAGUUCUCAAGCUUUGAGACUGAGGUGCUCCAGCAUGGUAUCAUGCAUGCCGACGCAGCGGGGUUCUUCCGCUCUUUCAGAUAUGAUGCACAUCCUAUGGCCAUUCUUACGAGCGCCUUUGCUUACUUGGGUUCCUACUACAGUGAAGCUAACCCUUCCCUUGAAGGGCAGACACUGUUCACCAAGGGCGACAAGGCAUCCCUUCAGAAUAUGGAUAAGCAGAUAUACAGACUUAUUGGAAAGGCGACUACUCUUGCCGCCAUGGCUUACCGUGUCCGCCAAGGUCGUGAGUUCGUCACCCCUCCAACAGGACUCAGUUAUACCGGCUCCUUCUUGUACCAAAUGGACUACCUCGGACACGAAGAUUACCGCCCAAAUCCUGUCCUCGAACAUGCACUCGAUGUACUCUUCCUUCUUCACGCAGACCAUGAAAUGAAUGCAUCAAGCACCACAGUUCUCCAGGCGGGUAGUUCGCUCGUGGAUCCAUACAGUGCCGUCUCGGCCGGCUGUGCAUCACUCUAUGGACCCUUACAUGGCGGAGCCAACGAAGCUGUGAUUCGCAUGCUGAUAUCUAUUGGCAGCCCUGCCAACGUACCGGCGUUCCUCGAGUCAGUAAAGAAACGUGAAAAAGUUCUGUCUGGCUUCGGGCAUCGCGUGUAUAAGACUUCGGAUCCUCGUUCAUACAUUAUCCGUAAAGUUGCGGAUGAAGUAUUUGCAGUGACAGGCAAAGAUGAGCUGCUUGACACUGCCAUGGCCCUCCAUGAUGCUGCUAUCAAGGAUCAAUACUUUGUUUCUCGAAAACUUGCACCAAAUGUCGAUUUUUGCGGUCUCAUCUACCGUGCCAUGGGCUUCCCUCUUGAUUUCUUCCCAGUCCUCUUCGUCGUCCCCCGAGUGGUUGGAUGGCUGGCACACUGGCGACAGAUGAUGCUUCACCCCGACGGUGUUAAGAUCUGGAGACCUCGUCAGAUUUAUGUUGGCGCUGAAAAGCGGGACUAUGUGCCCGUUGAUCAGCGGGUUCCUGUUGACGCUCCGAAGAUGAGCCCAAGUGUUGUUCCUCACUCUGGGUAA